UUCGUUGGCGCGAAUUUGAAACGGUGCGUAUUUUUCGCGUUGCUGUUCAGAUUUUCGAAAAUUGCGUAUAUCCACUUUGUCGGUCUUUUUGUGUUACUAAUCAGUAGCACAAUAUAUUCUAUACUACCUCCCUCGUCGCUUUUGCAACCCUUCGUCGUUUUCCGUGUCUUACCCAUUUUUACGGUUUUCACGCUGUCUAUUGUUUUGUCAUUCUCUGUUUACUCCUGACCAAUGCGUGCUAAACGUUGUAAUCCCUCUCUCUCCUCAAAGAGAGCAGUGCAGACAGUAGCAACGAGAGCACCCUCAGCAUUAUCAUCCGUGGUGAAGGAUUGCAGGGUCAUGCUUGAUGACCCACUUAGCGCAGCUCAAGUCAAAAUUCACCAAUUAGAAAAUGAGCUUAGCAUGCUUAAAAAUGAGCUGCUUACGAUGACUGCAACUUUGGAGAACCUCAAACCACUGUCGGUGCUGUCGGGAUUAAUGAAAACUGAUAACCCAAAUGAACUGAACGCCGCUGGCGAGUUAUUAGCAGUACUUAGCGACGAAGUAACGGAACGUGUACGUCGUUCCCAGAAUGCCGUCAUAUUCAAUGUACCUGAUCGCUUGUCACUUGAAAAAGUGAAACGUUCUCUUUUAAGUGCAUGCAACACACCACCAGAUUGCUGUGCAUGCAAACGGCUACGCAAGUCUGGUAAAACUCGCACUUGCCCCAUAGUUUUGACUUUCCCUACUCCACAACUUGCUGAAACAUUUAUAGGCCGUAGGCUGAUUGUGUCUAUGGUGGCAAACCUUGGGCCGAUUAUCAUUAAACCUGACAAAACCCCACUUCAAAGAUCCUUAAUGUCGUCAACCAAGCCAGAGGGCAAGCGCAAUGCUAUUAUUGACCCAUCUGCAAAUUCUUCGGCUAAACCGACCAUCGUGCCAGUGAUAGACCUCGACUUGUCUCCAAACCAAAGUCUCACUUCGGAUGCGAAAUCUGCAACGGUGCGAAGCUUGCCUUGGACUGAAGUCAAUGCAGGAUCUUCGUCUGCAUUGGCUGCUAUAACCAUCGAUUCUUCUAGCGAUGGGACUUAUGGCUACUCAGACAUGCAUGACACUCAUGCCGCACCUGGUCAACCAUCUAAUUGCAUUCUUAACUGGGUAUCUAACUUGGAUACUCCACUGCCUGCUGUCACUGACCCUAAGCAGAAACACUCUCUCACCGCGAAACCCAUCAUAACAGGAAGCUUCUUUCAGCCUGCAUUGAACAGGUCGUUUUCACCCUCACUCUCUGCUAUUGCCGCUGAUACUGCAAGUGCUAUGUCAGAUAGCGAUUCGGACAUGAGUGUCGAGUCUACUAUUGGCCUUGUAGGCCAGACUUAUAAGCCUGAUUCUGUUGUUUACUUGCCUAUUGACAACAAUCAGCUUAAUAGUCGCAAUCGGCCUAAAACCCCAAAAGCCUCGAACAACUCACGUCAAGCCAACAACAGGAAACGCUCUAAAGCAUGGCUUUCAACCCCUGCGUGGCACAGAAACAACGCCUAUUCCAAUAUUCACAACGCAGAAGCAUUGAAGCGCAGAUACCCGCAGCCAUCAUCUCCAUUUAUGAAUGUAGUAACGCCCCAAGGCAUCCCACACCGAAAACCUUAUCUACUUGAAAAGCCCGAUUCUUCCGUUCUGCUGGACCAUGACAACAACGGAUCCAAGAGUUUUACUUGGCUCCCAACUCAGAGAACCUUGAAAAACUCACGCCAACCUACCAACAGAGAUAGCCACAAAGCACGGCUAUCAAAGCCAAUGUGGUACCAUCACACCGUCAAAUCCAAUAAUCAGAGUGCACAUGAACAGGAGCCCAAAUCGCCGCAAAAGUCACCUUCAGUUACGAGUGUGGUAAUGCCUCAACGCAUCUUCUCACCUCACAAGCCUUAUCUACUUGAAAAACCACACAUCACAGGGCUCGAUCGCGGCCGCAACCGUACCAGUGUAAGCAGCGCCACUUCACCAUAUCUCCAUACAGUUUUACAUACACCAUCCGCGCCGGCGAAGCAACUUGCUAAACAAGUCAUUUCUAGUCGCAACACCGCUCACUUGCAAUCACAUGAGCUUCAUAUGUCACGGACGAGGCGUAGUCGGACGCAGCCGAAGGGUUUACUUAAUAAGGCGAGUUACCCACCUGCGCCACUGACGUCUACGCAAGACGACCGUACAAACCAGGCCAAAUACGCACCUCAUCCAAGGCAGUUUACCUUAGCCCCCAAGAAUUCUACCCCUUUUUUAUGGGGCAAUGCGGGACACGGCCCGCCUUAUACAUACCAACCAAUACAGUUCCAUCUAGCACAACUUUUGCACCUUCUGCAAACAGCAGUCUACAGCCAGUCACAACUUCAUGGCUGCCUUCUACCGACCCACAGUUGGUAACCAUCAAACAUUCCACCUACGAACGUUCUCCUGAACAAGCCAACGUCGUGCCAAUUCAGACAGAAUGCCUUGCCACUUACCAAUUCCCACACUACCCAUUUCUUCAUCAGGUUGCUAGCCAAGUAACUAUCACCUACCCAUCUUCUUUUCGCCCUGAUGCUGUCUAUUCACACCCCACUUUCACUCCGGCUCCAGCUUCUGUCUUGAACACAUCUAAGUGUCUGUCCCCAUAUCCACACCAUUCCGCGCCUUUGUUACCCCACAUCCUGGGCACCAUGUCAAUUUUUGCCAAUGCAGAUAGAGCUGCCCAAAUCUUUCCAGCCUGUCACAACCCCCCUCUUAUGAAACUUACCGGGACACGGCCCGCUAAGUCACAUUCUUCAAGCACACACACCCUCCCUCGCCGACAUCUGCUGACUCCUACACCUGUAAGAGUUUUCCCCAUACCAGUAGCACCAGUACUUGCCGCCACAUCGCCUGAUGUAUGCAACCCGGGAACUGUAGAUUACAGUGCAUCGGAAACGCCUCCACCACUGUCUUGUUACGACCCUACUACAGAAUCUGUCGACCCAAUGACGGGACGAUGCGAAUACGACUCGUACACUCUCCUCCUCCUCAAUGUACGAUCAAUUAAAAAUAAAAUGCACCUUCUAGGCCCCUUCAUCCUUCUGUCAAGCCCGCAUGUGGUGUUGAUAACAGAAACAUGGCUCUCGGCCGACGCUUCUGACGCACCGCUCCACAUUCCAGGGUACACCACUUUCUGUAAUGGACGUGCCAGUAAACGUGGUGGCGGAUGCCUCAUAUACGUCAAGAAGGAGUUUUACGCAUCUUCUUUCCACACUAUAUCUCUUGGCAACUCUGAAGAUUCAGUCUGGAUUCAAACCGUUGGAGGUCAUCCGGACCUCUUGAUAGGCUGUUUAUAUAAUCCACCGCACUCCUCUUGUGCUAGCGUUAACAAAUUGGACAGACUCUUUCAGGAAGUCUCAUUUCUCCCUUCACGCUUUAAGAUCAUUGCUGGAGACUUCAAUAUGCCUCAUGUUUCGUGGCUCGGACAGUCGGCCCCACCUAAGUAUAGGGCCCUUGUUGACACUAUUUCCACUCAUGAAUGGACACAGCAUGUGAUUGCACCGACUAGACAAUCGAACACACUGGACCUUAUAUUCACUAACGGCAUCUCGCACGCGUGCGCCAGCGUGUUAGACAACAUACCGGGCAGCGAUCACAAGGUGGUGAAGCUGUCCUUCGCGCUCCCUAAAUCCCGUCAACAUGCAGUCACGAAAUAUGAGAUAUUUCGGCCCCUCCAGCGCAUUAACUGGGACAUCUUCUCCUCCCUCCUCCGAUCAUCCCCCUGGGACGACUUCUUCCUCUCCGACAACAUAGAUACUGCGACCAACGUGCUUUACAACAAUUUCACUAACUGCUUAGAUGUCCUUACUCC